AGAUGAUUUAUUAUAUUAUUAACAUUUAUAACAUUAUUAAAAAAAUAAUUUAUUUCCCGUUUUCACACAACAUAAUUAUAUAUUUGCUGUUCUGCAGUUCGAUAAGAGAUCUGUUAUUCCUCAAGCCUGAAAAACUAUAACUAUGAUUCCACGAACAUUAAUAAAAAAUUGGAUUUCUUUACGUCAUUUUUUUCAUAAACAUUAUACAAUCCAAUAUAAGGUCAAAAACAUCAAGUACAUUGGUUUUGGUAUAUUCACAAGUAUUUUGGUUUAUAGUACUUCAGGAAUCACAAUAUUUGCAGCACAAAAUGAGUUGGAUAUUAAAAAAUUUAUGGCACAACCUAUUACUGACAUAAAGAAAUUAAAGAAGAAAGAUGAUAUGAAAACAAAAAUGGAAUUGUUAGUAAUGAAAACUCAAGCAGACUUUUGUAAAGCUUUGGAAUCUUUAGAAGAACCAGGCCAUUCUUUUAAAGUUGACAGAUGGAUUAGGAAGGAAGGCGGUGGAGGAAUUACUUGUAUUUUGCAAGAUGGAGUUGUUUUUGAAAAAGCUGGAGUAAAUGUAUCUGUCGUUACUGGUAUGUUACCACCAGGUGCAGUACAACAAAUGAGAGCACGUGGGAAAAAAAUGGGAGAGGGAUCUGUACCAUUCUUUGCAGCUGGUGUAAGUGCUGUAAUUCAUCCUCGAAAUCCCAUGGUUCCAACAAUACAUUUCAACUAUCGUUACUUUGAAGUAGAAAAUCCAGAUGGUUCAAUUCAGUGGUGGUUUGGAGGUGGCACAGAUCUAACACCUUAUUACUUAAAUGAGGAUGAUGUAAAACAUUUUCAUAGUACUUUAAAAGCUGCAUGUGAUCAAUAUGAUCCUUCAUAUUAUUCAAAAUACAAAAAAUGGUGUGAUGAUUAUUUUUUUAUUACACAUAGAGGAGAACGUAGAGGAGUAGGUGGUAUCUUUUUUGAUGACAUUGAUACUCCUAGCCAAGAAGAAGCAUUUCAAUUUGUAAAGUCUUGUGCAGAAGCUGUUAUUCCUUCUUACAUUCCAUUAGUUGACAAACAUAAAGAUGAUGGAUAUGGAUACAGUGAAAGACAAUGGCAAUUAUUACGUAGAGGAAGAUAUGUUGAAUUUAACUUAAUAUACGAUCGUGGUACAAAAUUUGGUUUAUAUACACCUGGUGCAAGAUAUGAAAGUAUAUUAAUGUCUUUGCCCUUGUCUGCAAAUUGGCAAUAUAUGCAUGAACCAAAACCUGGUUCAAAAGAAGCAGAACUUGUUGAUGUAUUAAGAAACCCUAAGGAAUGGUUGAACUAAUAUAAAUGAUAUCUUUUAAUGAAACUAUCAUUUCUUAACUUAAAGCUGUAAUUUGUAGCAAUAAUUUUGAAUGAUGCAAUUAAUUAUCUUUUUCCUAUUUUGUUUACAAGUAUUUUGUAUAAUUUUGCACAAAUAGAAUGUUAAUGAAAAAAAUGCAAAUUAAAAUAUAAAAUAAGGCCAUAUUUUUAAACCAUUUAAAUAUAUUUUCAAGUAUAAGAAAAGAGUUACAUGUAUAAACUUUAUAUUUAAGGAAUUAAAUACUGUAUAAACUAUAAAUUAUGUAUAAAAAUUGUACCUAUUAUUUUGAUAUACUUUAUAUGAAAGUAAUAUUCUUAUACAUUAUAACUCUAUACAGUCUAGGUGCUUAUAUGUGUACGUAUUAUAUCUUUUAAUAUUAUUUUAAACAUUAUAUACCUUAAAUAUAAUAAUAUGGAUCUUCUCAAAUUAUUUUAGAUGUAUAAAAAGACAAAUGAUGACAAAUUUGAUGUGUUCUCAAAUUUAUUUAGUAAAAUAUUCAGUCUUAGAAUAUAUAUUAUAAAUUACAUAUGUAAUUAUGAAAAUAAUAACAAAAAUUUAUUGUACAAAAAAUCAUUGGUAGAAAUUCGAUUAAAUUAAAUAUAAAAUAUUUUUUAAAUCUAAAUGAUAUAUGAAGGAAGCAGAUUUCAAUAAAUGUAAUGAUUUCAGUUAUGUAAUUCUCGAUCACUCUUUUUACAGAACAAUAUAUAUACAAAACAAAAAAAAGGAAGAGUAUUUUAAAAUUCACAAAAAUAUGGAGUUAUUUGUAUUAAUUAUGUACAAUUGUCUCUGAAUAAAUACAUAUCUAACAAACAA